AUGAGUGUAUAUCAUUUUUAUAAUAAUAUUCUACCAAGUAAAUCAAUAAGAACGGCCAUAUGUACUAAUAUAAAAGGAAAUAAUAAAAAAUACUUACUGUAUGCUUGUGAAAAUUAUCUAAAUUUGUGUUAUGUUGACAAAGAUGGUUAUACAGAUGAUUACAGUAAGCAUGUUUUAUUUUCUGAAGUUUUAGAAUUAAGAGAAUAUAUACCUGAAAAAUUAGUUGACGAAGAACAAAAAGAAAAUAUUAAAUCUUAUGUAUUUUUAUUAACAAGAAAAUAUAUUUUAUUAUUAUUAGAGUUUGAUUUAAAAUUAAAUGAUUUUGUUACAUUAUCUCAAAUAAACUUAUACGAAGUAAAUGGAUUGCAUAUUGAAGAAGAUAUUACAUUUAUGCUAGAUGAAAGACAUCGAACAAUUUUAUUUUAUGGAUAUAAGAGUAUUUUGAAAUAUAUUUAUUUAGAUUAUGACGAUUAUUUUAAUUUAAAUCAUUUAUAUACUUUGAGGUUAGAUGAAGGAUUAAUAAUAGACAUAAUAUUUUUAAAUAAUUAUGAAGAUAGUGAAAAAAAAUGUUUUCUUGAUGGAAAUAAUAAUAAAAAUAAUGUUGAAGAAUUUAUGUGUAAUUAUAUUAAAAAGGAAGAGGAUUGUGUAAAAAAUAAGGAAAAUAGCAAAAAAAAAAAAAAAAAAUUAUAUUAUAUUAAUUCAGAUAAUGAAAAUAAUAACACAUACAACUCUACAAAAAAUAAAGAAAAUUCAGAAAAAACAGAAUUUGCAAAAGAUAAAGAGUUUAUCAAAAUAUUUGAAAAAAAAGACAUUACUAACGCAUCAGUAAAAAAGGAAAAAUUAGUAAAAUUAUUUUCUUCUGAUGAUGAUAAAGAAAAAGAAAAAAAGGAAAAUAAUAAUAGUGCUUUUUGUGAUUCGUUAAGAAGUAAUAAUAAGCAUAAUGAAAUUAUCAGUUCUGAUAAUUAUCAUCUUAGUUCAAAAAAAAAUAGAAAAAGCAUUAAUUCAAUAAUAUGUAUAUUAUAUGAUGCAAAGAAAAAAGACUCUUAUACAUAUGAAAGAUAUAUUAGGGUUAUACCGUUAUAUUCUCUAAACGAUAGAAAACAAGGAAAUAAUUUAUGCGAAAAUAAUGAAAUAGUAAAUCAAUAUGGAAAUAAAUCAUUAGAUGAUCCUGCAGAAGAAAAAUCUUGCAUUUUAUAUAUAUAUUUUAAACCAGUAAUAGUAGAUUCAAGUAUAAAUAAAUUACUAAGUUUUGCUAAAAAUAGAAUAUUGUUAAUAGGAUUUCAAUUUAUAAACUAUAUAAACUUAGAAAAUGAAAAAGAUAAAAAUUUUUUUUUAAGUUCUGAAUUAAGAACCAUUAGAUGCAUUGAAAAAAUAAAUAUAAAUAAAUUUAUUUUGGCUGAUGAUUAUGGAGAUUUAUUUAUAUUAACAUGCUUAUGUAAAUCAAAAUCAUCAUCCUACAAAUUGAGAAGUGAAUCUAAUACAAAUAUUAAUUCAAUCAAUCUACAAUUUAUAGGAACAUGCUCUAGGUCUAACGUCAUUGUCUCUAUUUAUUCUGAUAUUCUAUUUUUGGGAUCACAAGUAAGUGAUAGUUAUUUAUUACGUAUGCAUAAUUAUCCAAUAUAUGAUUAUGAUGAUUAUAGACCAGUAGAAUAUUCUUCCUAUAAUACAUUAAAUAGUUCUCAUAUAUUACCAAAUAAAAAAAAUUAUGGUAGUUCAAAUACUGAUGAUUCUAACGAUUUUAAUAACAAUAAUACUUCUCCUUGUUUUCAAGAUGAGGAAAAAAAAUUUCGUAAUAAUUUGAAGAAUAGCAACAAUAACAAUUAUAAUGAAUAUAAGAAAUUUGAUGAAAAUAAUAACUAUAAGAAUAAGGUUAACAAUAAUAAAAAUAAAAAUCAUUAUAGUAAAGAUAAUAAUAAUUAUAAUGACAAUUACAACUCAAGUGAUAUUAAGAAUAUAAAUGCUAUUGAUCAUAUUAAUGAUAUUAUUAGUGCUAAUAACAAUGAUUAUAUUAGUUAUAAUAAAGAUAUGCCUGAUCAUAAUUUCUAUAAUAUUAAUAAUAAUAACAAAGGAAAUAUGAAUUAUUCUACAAAUAGCUAUUAUAUGAAUAGAAAUGCAAAUGAAAGCAUAAAUAGUGACUACUGUUCACAGGAUAAUCAAUCUAACAAAAAAGAAUGCUUGGUUGUAGAUAAAAUAGAAGAAGAAUCUUUUAAUAAAAAUUCACAUUCAAGAGAAAAAUUAAAAAAAAAGAAAUUUUACAUUGAAAUUUUAUCAGUUAUACAAAAUAUUGGUCCCAUUUUAGAUUUCUGUAUUAUUAAAAAUAAAAAUAAUGAAAAAGAAAUAAUAACAUGUAAUAGUUAUGGAAGGACUGGAUGUAUAUCAAUUAUUCAAAAUGGAUUAAAAACAAAUAUAAUUUCUAAAUUAAAUUUUAAUAAAAUAACAAAUUUUUUUGUUGUCAAAUAUGUUAUACAUUUAAAAAAAAAGAAUUAUAAUAAAAAUGGAAUUCAUGAAAAUGAGAAAACAGGAUGCAAAAAAGAAACUGAGCUUUCAUCUAAUGAAUAUUAUAGUAAAGAUAAUUCUUAUAUCUCUUUCAAAAAUGAAAAUUUUAAAUCAUUAGAUAACCAACCAUUAGAAUUUCAAGUAUUUGCACAUUUAGGCAAUAAAAAAAAUGUUGAAAUUAAGGAUAUAAAUUUAUGUUUUCUAAAUAAGUAUUAUUUUGAAAAUGAAAAUGAAAUAAACGUUUUAAAAUACUAUAAUUUUAUUUAUUUUCAUAUUUUUAUUAUUUGUAUUACAUAUGGAUUUCAAACUAAAAUUAUUGGUGUAUGCAAAAACAGAGAAAAAAAAGAAAAGAAAAAAAAAAAAAAAAAAAAUGCUGAUUCCGAUGAGUUUUCGUCUUUAUAUGAUGAGGAUAAUUACAUAAACAAUUAUUUAUUUAAUGAAACAUAUACGAAAAAUAAACAUAACGAAAUUUUAUUAUGCGAAUAUGAGAAUACUGAUGUAGAUCUAAAUAGCAAUACUUUAUAUUUUAAUAUUUUGAAGAAUCAUCCUUAUCUUAUACAAAUAACUAAUACAAGCAUAAGAUUAUUAUGUUGUUUAUCAUUGAAAAUUGUUUAUGUUUUAAAAUUUAAUUUUAUAUAUAAAUUUUGUUUAUGCAAAGAUUAUUUAUAUAUAUAUUGUGAUAAUAGCAUAAAAAUAUAUACUGUUUUAAAUAAUAGUCUUAUAUUUUUGUAUUCAUAUAAUCUUAAACAAACAAUUAGUUCCAUGGUUAUUUAUAAAAGUAUAUUAGCUUGCGUUUUCAAUAAUAAAAAAGUUGUACUCUUUAAUAUAAAUAAAAAAAAAUUAAAAGAGUUUAAAAAAGGUGAAGACACAAAAAAUUUACAGGAUGUUGAUAUUUUUACCGAAGUCAACCAGUAUAAUCCUAGUUGUUUUUUUUUCGUAUUUAUAAGUGAUAUUGAAUUAUUAGAAUUAAAUGAUAAUGUAUAUUUAUUUAUUGGUUAUAAUAAUGGAGAUAUAGAAUAUUUUUUAUUGUGUUCCUUUUAUUAUAAGAACAAAUUAAAAAAUUACGAUAUUAUUCAAAAUUGUAACAGUAUUCAUACAAGUAAUAUGACAUAUGAAAAUAACAACAAUAAUAGUAACUUUCAUUCUUGUUAUUUAUCAGAUAAUAAUAGUCCUAAUUCUAAUAAAAUAAAAGAUAAUAAAAAUUGUAAUUCUAAUUUUAAUAAUGAUAUGAUAAAUAAUUUUAUAAAUGAAACACAUUUUAGUACAAAAGAUGUAUUAUCUAAUAACAAAAAGAGAAAAAAAGAAAAUAAUAAUUUAUUUAAAUUGCAUAAAGAAUUUUUAAAAAAAAAAGAAGCUGCUUUAAAAUAUGUUUAUAAAAAUGAUCAAAUUCAAAAUAAUAAUGUUAAUUCUAAAUUUGGUUAUAAAACAAAAAUUACCGAUGAUAUAGAAAAAGAAAAGAAAAUAAAGAAAUCAAAAAGAAAAUUACUGAAAUAUUUAUCAGAAAAUCAUACAAAUAUAUUUAAAUAUUUUGAUUUUUCUAAUGCAUCCUUUAAAAAUAUAUGCAAUUUGCAUAAGGCAUGUACUAAAAAUAAAAAAGAAGAAAUAUUAAUAGAUCCAAAUUCUUUUUAUAAUGUAAAUAUAGAAUCUGAUAACUUUAUUAGUUUAGAAAAUUACUUAAAACCAAGUAAAUAUGAUAUUAAUGGAAAUAAUAAAAGAAACGAUAAAUACAAAAUUGUAAAUGAUGAAACAUAUUUGUGUAAUAUCUUAAAUGACACAACUAAUGAUUUAAAAGAAAACAUUGAUUAUGAUAAUAUGAUUUUAAAAAAAGUAAAUAAUUAUAACAAAAGUUCUAACACUACGAACAUAAUGAAAAACAAAUUAAAUGAAUCAUGUUCUGAUGAUAUUCAUAAUAAAACAAAGGAAUAUAACUUAAACAACAAUGAUUCAUCACAUACUCUUCUUCAAGUAAAAGAAGAAAAAAAAGUAAAGAAACGUAACAAAAUGAAAAUGAAUAAAAGAAAGGCAAAUUAUUUUUUUCAUUUUUUUCAAAUAUACGGAAUAUCAUCUGAUGAAUCAUCAGAUAGUGAUAUAGUUAAUUUUUAUACAUUUAAAAGAUCAGGAGUUAAGAAGUAUAAAAAAGAAAGAAAAACAGGUUAUAAUAAAAAAGGAAAAUUAAAUGAAUUAGAUUUAGAGAGAGAGAUAAUUAAUGAAUCCACUUUCAAUUUAUCAUCAAGUUCUAAUUUAGAAAAUAAUAUAUAUUCUAACAGUGUUAUAAAACAUAAUGAUUAUAACUCAGAAAAUGUAAGUGAAUUUGCUUUAUCUUCUUGCUUUCUUGACACUAAGAAAAAAAUGAAUAAAAAGAAAAAAAGAGAUUUUCUAAAGGCAGAAGAAAAAAGCAUACAAAAAGAUUGUAAUUUAGAAAAUGAAAAAGUAAUAGACAAUGCUUUGAAAAAGAAUGAACUUGAAUCCUAUCGCAAUAAUAAAAGAAAAAGAGAAAAUACUAUUGAUAGUUUUAGUCAUGAAAAAGAGAGCAUGCUCAUGGAAGAACAAAAUAUAUUUGAAGAAAUGAAAAUGGAUAAUAUAAAGAAAGACGAUAUAAGAAAAAAGAAAGCUUCUUUAAAUAAAAUAUUUAGCAAAAAACUAAAAGAACAAUGUGAUCACAUAUACUUUCAUGAAAAUAAUAUGUGUUCUGAAAAGGUUAGUAACACUGAUAGCAUAUCCUCAGAUAUAUCAUGCUUUGAUAAUUUAAAUAAUAUAUUAUUUGAUGAUAAAAUAUAUUUAAAAAAAUAUAUUUUGAAAAGUAAAAAAAUCCUAUUAACAAAUAAAAGAAAAAUAAAUGUAUGUAAAAAGCCCAUUAAAUUUAAAAAAUUUAUUAAAGUUUUUUCAGAAAGAAAAAAAAUUGAUAUAAAUUUAAGUAAUGUUGUAAAAAAAUAUAAUUUUCUUUUUAUUUGUUGUGAAAACCCAAUGAUUAUAUAUUCUAAUUUAAAAAAAAAAAUAUCUUUUUCAAAAUUAUCUAUUAAAAAUAUAUAUUUAGUUGAUAUAUUUAAUGAUUUUAAUUAUCUUAAUCCAUUUCAUAAUUUUAUCUCGUUUAAAAAAAAAAAUCAGAAUAAUUUUUAUUUUAUUUUUUAUGAUGGUUUGAAGAUGUACAUAUCUCACUUAAAUGAAAUUAAGAAUACAUUUUUACAAAAAAUUCCAUUUUAUAGAACAGUAGAAAAAAUUGCUUAUCAUCCAGAUACCGGUUUAUUAGUAACAGCUUGUCCUCCUGAAGAAAAACAUAAAACAAAUCAAAUUAUGAAGCAUAUUGUUUGCUUUUUUGACCCAUUCCAAAAUUCAGUCAAAUACACAUAUAUAAUUCCAUCGAAAUAUAGUGUUUCAAGUAUAUGCAUAUAUGAAAUUAACAAAGAGGUAUAUAAAAACAAAAGUGUUAAUACUUUCAUUUUUGUUGGUACUGCUAAUGCUAAUGAAAAAAGUACUGAACCAUCAUCAGGUCAUAUUUAUGUUUUUAUUGCAAAAAAAAAAGUUAAUAUUUUUGAAAUUAAACAUAUAUACACUUAUAACAUUAACUAUGGUGGUAUUACUCAUUUAAAGCAGUUUUAUGAUAAAUUAAUAGCCUCUAUUAAUAACACGGUUGUUGUUUUGGAUAUUAACAACUUUUUAAUAAAUUUAGAAAAAUACUUAGAUUAUUCUAAUUCUUCCAUCAUAGAGAAAGAUGACGCUAUUUUAGAAAUAGCUUCUUUUACACCGAGCUCAUGGAUAAUGAGUUUAGAUGUUUUAGAAAAUUAUAUUAUAGUUGGAGAUAUUAUGACAUCAGUUACCAUACUAUCCUAUGAUUUUAAAAAUGCUACAUUAAAUGAAGUUUGCAGGGACUAUUCUAGUGUUUGGUGCACAUCUGUUUGUGCUUUAUCAAAAAAUCACUUUUUAGUUUCAGACAUGGAUUGCAAUUUUCUUGUAUUACAAAAGUCAAAUAUUAAAUACAACGACGAAGAUUCAUUUAAAUUAUCAGUUGUAUCAUUGUUUUAUCAUGGAAGUAUUAUUAAUAAAAUGUUAUCUUCUUCGUUAGCCAAUUUAAUUGAAGAAGAAGAAAAUAGAAAUGGUAUUUUAUUAAAAAGAGAUGGGAUUUUAUGUGCAUCAAGUGAAGGGUCCAUUAGUGCUUUAAUCCCAUUUUCUAGUUUUUCUAAUUUUAAAAGAGCAUUAUGUAUAGAAAUAGCUUUAAAUGAUAAUAUAUCUUCUAUAGGGAAUUUAAGUCAUAGUUCAUAUAGAGAAUAUAAAGUUAGUUUUACGUCAAAAUUUUGCAAAGGUGUUGUUGAUGGAGAAUUAUUUAAAAUGUUUUUUUAUUUACCUUUUGAAAAGCAGUUUAAAACAUAUAUUUAUGCGAAAUGGAUUGCCAAGAAAUUAAAUUGUAAAUUUGGAAGUUUUGAAAAUUUUAUGCUAGAUAUAGAGAAUUUUUGUUCAUUUUUAUGA